ACCUGUGGUCCUAAAAAGACACAACAAACACUGACUUUCCUAGUUCUGUGAUAAGUCUCUUCAUCUUUUACUUGCUCUUUGCUCUGCAGCCACACUGACCAUCACUCCCGACCAAUCCCAGUUCUUCCAGUAUGACAGUGUCACUCUUACAUGUGUGACAAACUCCAGUGGCUGGAAAGUGAUGAGGAAGAUAAAGAACAAGGCUGCUCAGGAAUGUGAGCGUAGCUGGGGAAUCCCCACAGAAUCCGCCUGCAACAUUAAAUAUGCUUAUCCAACUGACACUGGUGAAUACUGGUGUGAAUCUGAGCGAGGAGAAACAAGCAACAAAAUCAAUCUCACUGUAUCAGAUAGAAAUGUGAUCCUUGACGGCCCUCCACAUCCUGUCUUUGAGGGAGAAAAUGUGACACUUGGUUGUUCCUACAAGAAAAACAAAGAUGAUCUGACAUCCACCUCAGACUUUGAAGCUGCGUUCUACAGAAAUGGUUCCUUCAUUGAGAAAAACAAACCAGGGAAAAUGAUCAUUGAAGCAGAGGAAGGUUUCUACAAGUGUAUCCAUCCUUCUAAUGUAGAGUCACUGGAGAGCUGGCUGGCAGUGAAAGCUAGAGCAGACGUUUCUCCUUCUUCUCCUCCUUCUUUUCCUCUUCCUCCUUCUGAACCUGGUGUUCCUUGGAUCAGAGUGAUUUGUGGCAUCGCGCUCUUCAUCCUCUACAACAUCAUACUAAUCUUGUGUAUAUAUACAUACCGUAAGUGGGCUAGAGCCAAGACUGAUAUGAAAAGGAGAACUGCUGAUCAUGUUUUGGUGAACUGAAGACAAAACAAUUUAUCAUCUGUAUGUUGAAGCAAAAAGAAAAAUAAGAUGAACAAUAUUAAAAUUAUAGAGGAAUGUGAUUUAUUUUUCCAUUCAAAACAGAUUAUUAUAAUAUUUUCAUUUUGAUCUCAUGGAGUUUAGAUAAUAGGAAUCUUUAAACGGCUUGUUAGUUAAAAAUUAGAAACUUUGGAACAUUUAAUAUCUUUAAUGAUCUUUACAGGAGCAAAAGAGUUUAUCUUCAGAAAUGUGAAUUUAAAACAUUUUACCUUCAGAUGUGAAUGUAAUAGUUAUUCAUGUCAUUCUGACUCAUUGAGUUAUUCUGAAAUGUAAAUGCAAAUAUUUUAAGUUCCACAACCGUAUAUGUGGAAAUAUUACAGAAGAAAAUUCAAACUAUAUUUUAUAAAAUAUUAAAUAUUCUAGAUAUAUAAGUCUGGCAGCCAUAUUAGUGCAUCUCCUGAAAAAUUACGACUUUACUAAGACUGCCUGUCUCAGUCUCACCUAAGACAACAUACAAACAACCCAGAAUGUCGCCACCCAUCAGUUCUCUUUAAAGAUUCUAGACUUGACGCAAGUGGUAUGAAAUAAAAAGGGGGAAAUUGGGUUU